GCAAGGAGGGGCAUUUCCAGCAGUCUUUUCUGGGAAUAUCUGCUGCAAUUACCCCCUCAUAUGGCUAGGAACCAAGACUUUGGAAACACCCAGAUUGCACAAUGCCCUGGCCAGAGCUGCCACCCUGAGCCCUGGCAGCAAUAAAAAGGAGAAGGAGCAGGAGCACUGGCAGAGUCCUGCAAGGAGCACAUCCCCAGCUACAUCAGCUGUCUGCCUGCUGCAGAGAUGAUGCAAGCAACUGUCUUCCUCCUGGUGCUCGGCCUGGCCCUGGGGGCUCACAGCCUCUCUCCAAAAAAGUGCAACCUGAUCGGGCACUGGGUCAAUGACCUGGGCUCCACCAUGACCGUCUCGGCUCUGAAUGGAGACGGUGUCUUCUCUGGCUCCUACCUCACGGCUGUGACAGCCACCACGAAUGAGAUCAAAGUGUCACCUCUGCAAGGGUCUCUGCAACGCAAAAACCAGAAGGGCCAGCCCACCUUUGGCUUCACCGUCAACUGGACCUUUUCAGACUCCAUCACCGUUUUCACGGGACAAUGCUUCGUGGACAAGGAUGGAAAGGAGACUUUGAAGACCAUGUGGCUUCUGCGGUCACACGUGGACAACAUUGAUAAUGACUGGAAAGCCACUAUGGUCGGCACCAACAUCUUCACCCGUGUGCAGUCACAGAAGGAGUGAGAAGGGCAGCAGGGGUGUUCCCAGGCUGGCAGCAACACUGGGGGGGAAGCCCCCACUCCUGCCCCACCACUUGUUUCUUCCAGUAAAGCUUUGUUGCAAAUCUC